ACACACACCGUUGGUCCAAGUGCGUCAAAGUUAAGAACAAGAUGGCAGCAUUCAGGUGUGCUGUUUUGGCUUUGGCUUUCGUCUCGAUAAACGCCCAAGGUCCGACAGGUCCGACAGCUGCUCCAACCGGUGGAGCGCCAACAGGAGCUCUUGGAGGAUCCAUGGGGGCUCCAACAGGUUCACCGACAGGUCCAGUGCGUGGCCCUAUGGGCGGUCCCAUGAGCGGUCCAAUGGGUAUGGGUGGUUCCAUGAGCGGUCCAAUAGGUAUGGGUGGUCCCAUGAGUGGUCCAAUGGGUAUGGGUGGGCCGAUGAGGGGCAUGGUUCCUCCAUACGGAGGAAUGAGCGGCAAUUACGGAAACAUGAAUACUUACGGAGGAUUUGGUGGUCCAAGAGGAGGCUUUGGCAUGGGUCCCUUUGGCAAGAGAAGAAACCAGCGCCAGCAACAAGGAUUUGGAAACCCAAUGUCAUUCCUUCCAUUCAUGGGCAGUGACGCGGGAAGAAACAUGUAUUUCAUGUCUCAAAUGAUGGGAAGACAGGGCGGCAACAGCAUGCUUCCAUACCUCUUUUUGAACGGUGGACUAGGAGACAACAUGAUGAACAUGCUCCUCUUCAGCGGUAUGGGUGGAAUGGGAGGCGGCCGAGGCGGUCAAGGAAUGAUGAAUGGUAUGAAUCCACUUACGGCACUGGCUCUCGGCGGCGGUGAACUCAGCAAUGCACUUCCCUACUUCUUCAUGAACCAAGGACAAGGAGGCCAAGGGAGGGGUAUGCAGGGCGGUAUGCAAGGUGGCCAACGACAACAGGGAAUGAACAGUGCUCUGCCGUUCUGGCUGCUUGGUGGAAACCUCUAAGUAGUCCACAGUUGUGUUCCUGGGGGGUUAAAUCAAUUGGGACAGAGACAUUCCAGACUUUGACUAUCAGUUAACCUAUACGGUUAGAAGUUAACCUGGUCACACAUUGGCUCAUAGCUCAAGUUUUGGUACGAACAUACGGUCUAUAUUUAAAAGCCUUCUAAAGAAAUAAGAAGGUUCAAUAAUAAAAUAGGUCACUCUGCCCAUUCACUUUAACUGAGGAGAUCCAGAAGAGACAUUUAUUGUUGCGAAUGGAGUCAAAAUAUUUUGUAUUUCAUUCAAGUAUUUUGUUCCGUGCAUAAUCAAGGUACUUGUUAGUAUUACUGAAAUGACGGCGGGCCCAUAAAACUUACAGACAA